GAAAGUACAUGCAAAAUCAAAUUGAAAUUACUCUCUCCUUCAUGUUUUACUUAUAACUUGAUUAGAUACUACUUAUAUAAGGCUUUUAAAGCCACACUUAAAUGCUAUUGCAAUUUAAGACUUUUACUCGGGAGUUUAUCAAGUAAAACGAAACCUCUUCACUUCAACCAAAAAGCCAAACCACAAAGAAAACUCUUCAUCUUCAUCAAAACUUGGAAUAUUGUGAAGACGACUCAAGCCCACAAGGUAUCAAAAACGUUUAAUUUCUUUUAUCAUUGCAUGAAGAUUUGUUUUGUAAGAAUCUUAAUCUCUGUUUGAUCUCAUGUGGGUAGCAAUAACCAAUGACAACGUUAAUCGACUCAUACGCUGCACAAUGUUGGAAGUGUCUCAAAGUGAGAUAUGUAGAGUCCCAAGAAAAAUACGAGGAUAUUCGAAGCGAAACACCGAAUAAGUCUUUUGAAUGCAGGAGCUGUGAAGAACCUGGAGAUGUGGAUAUGAACUUUGAUUCCCCUGCUGUGCGUUGGUUUCAAGAUCGACAUGGUAUACCCAAAACCCCUCAAGGGUUGAAGAGGAUUUUGGUUGUUCGACGAAGCGGCGAGAAAGCCGAUGUUUAUUACCAAACAGAAGCUCCUAAACGAAAGAGACUAAAGUGUUUCAAGGACGUCACUAAGUUUAUUGAAGACAAUGAACAAUUCAAAGACAUGAAGAUAGAAGAGGUUUCUUUUGCCGCACCCAAACGAAUGAAGAAAAAAAAAGUCUAACUAAGGAUGUUGUUGCUGAUAACAAGACUUGACAAGAUCAAUAAUUUAAGGUUUAUAACAAGACUCUUAGUUUCCUUUUACAUAAAACUCAAGCACUAGCUUUUUUUUUUUAUUAUGAGUUUUAAGGCUUUAUUUUUCUCUCUAUCGAUCUAUUGAAUGUCUUUUUUGUUUACCUAAUGAUAAUGUUGAUGUUAAAGACUCAAAACAUGGUAGUAGAAUUCAAAAAUACAACUAAAGAUCUUUUUUUUUUCUGGGUAC